GAGGCGGAGCUCUGAACCUGACCUUCGGCGCAGUCCGCUGCGUGAAGGGAUGGACACGAGCCAGCUGCGUGGCUUGGAUCCUGUGCUGCCUCGUGGAGGUAGCUCUGGACAUGUCCGAAAUCAAGCAAAACUUCAGGAACAUGGCCCUGAGCUUCAGAGGGAUGGAGCGGCAGCCCCCGACAAUCCUGCAAAUGGCAUUGCGGUUCUCGCGGGUUAUGGAAUUGCAGGCGACUACCGUGACAGGCAGCACCGAGGCUCGCUUGGAAGCUGCCAUUGAGCAGUUCAACAAGGGCAGUGACCUCAAUGUCAAGCAUUCACUCGAUGACGACAAAAAGAGAUCCAUCCUGAACAUAUUGACUGGAACAACCAAGGAGACCCGCGACAUCAUGGCCAUCCACCUGAACUUCUACAAGUGGCGGGAGAGUGCACUGUCUACCGAACAGAUGAAAAGCUCUCGCUGGCUGCUUGGGGCGACGAGAAAGAACACGGCCGAGGCAGUGAAGCCGCACUUGGUGGUGAAGGCCCGAGGCCAAGAAAUGCUCAUGGCUUUGCACAUCCGCCAAUUCGAGAAGGGUGGUCGCCGGUUGAAGGCGAGUGCUCGGACCAAGCUGCGCUUGUCACCGCCAGAUUUCGAGAAGCUGGUGGACUAUGCAACCCUGAUGGACUCUGUCAGGGAAGCUUCCAAGCUCCUGAAGAGUGAUCCGGAGAUUGAU